UCAACCGAAGCGGGCCUUCACUUAUCUUAUCUAUAUUCCAUUUCUUUUAUCUUCAUUUGGGAUUAGAGAGCAUCCACUCCUCUCUUGCUCUCCUUUCAUGGAGUGAAACAGUCUCGUUUCUCUAUUUUUUCAUUUCACUUGAACCAAUGGGUGAUAUAGAGAAACUAAGGAUGUCCCGUAGCUGCUCUCAGAGCGGAAACAAUGGCCACAACUCUCGUACAUGCGGAGAGGUUGCUGGUGGCGGGAGCAGCAGCGGAGCAGAGAACGGCAUCAUGUUAUUUGGCGUUCGAGUCAUGAAAGGGUCUUUCAGGAAAAGUGUUAGCAUGAAUAAUCUCUGUCAGUUUGAGCAGCCUCAGGAUUCUAACGCAGAUGCUGGUUAUGUUUCUGACGAUGUAGUUCAUGAAUCUGGAAAGAGCCGUGAGCGCAAGAGGGGAGUUCCAUGGACGGAGAUGGAGCAUAGAUUGUUCUUAAUGGGGUUGCAGAAAGUAGGGAAAGGAGAUUGGAGAGGGAUUUCGAGAAACUUUGUGAAGACACGUACGCCUACUCAGGUGGCAAGUAAUGCUCAGAAGUACUUUCUCAGGCGGCUUAACCAGAAUCAGAGGCGCCGUAGAUCUAGUCUUUUUGAUAUAACAACUGAUUCAUUCAUAUACUCAAACCAUAUCGGAAGAAGAUGAAGAAAAUGUCUCGUUACCACUUCCACUACCACAGUCACAGUCACAGUCAC